AAAAUGGCGGGUGUUGACAGUUGGCGCACAUGUUUAAAUAACCAGAAAUUUGUUAAAAAUCUUGCAGAAAACAAUUCUAAAGACUCAAAACAAAAACUCAGAAAUUUAGCUAAGAGUUUAUUUGUUGUAUAUGAUAGCGAUUUAUAUGUAUGGGACUCGUACGCAUGCCACAUUGUCUAUUUCAAUCUGAAGCAGUUGCUUUUGGAAGAUAAGGAAAAACAAGAAAGAUUUCAGACACUGCUAUGUACUGAUGCACCAAGGUUUGAUGUGGAAUGUUUGGUUUUCAACAGAACGGGGAAUUAUCUAGCAGUGUGGGGUCAGACUGGUAUUACUGUGAUAGAGUUGCCACGGAGAUGGGGAAAAUACAAUGAUUAUGAGGGUGGAAAGCAGUGUGUUCAGUGCAAAUCUUUAAAUGUAGCUGAGCAUUAUUUUGCUGGCCAUCAUGGAGUACGUCUGCUAACAGUACUGUGGCAUCCUGGGAGUGAGACAGACAGCCAUAUUGCUUUUCUGACUUCAGACAACACAUUAAGUGUUUAUAAUAUACAGGAACCAAAUAUUCCUGUCCAAGUUAUCAAACUAAGUAAUGCACCACAGGAUAUCAACCAAUCACCAACCAAGGUUUCAUUUCCUGCUGUGCUUGGAGAGUAUGCUGCUUCCUUUGAUUUUGGGCCCCCUGUAACAUUGAAAAAGAGGCAAAGACCAUAUACGAAGACAGAAACGGCAUCAGUGACUGUUUGGCCGGCAUAUAUUGUAAGAGGCAAUGGUGAUGUAUUGGUGGCUUAUACAGAGGUUUCUAGAGGAACAAAGUUUCCCCUUCAGGGACCUCUUAUUAUGCAGCCACCAGCAGAAGAUAACUACGGUGUAGACGCCUGUGCCAUAUCAUGCCUCGACACAACUCCCACAGCUCUUAUCAUAGCAACAGGAGAGGGACGACUUCACCAUUGUCUGUUGAUACCAGCACAAGAUGUGGAAGAUAUGACAUUACAGUCUGAAGCCAGUUUUGCAGAAAGCAGUAUUACCAAUAGUACAAAGUAUGACUCUCCAUCAGAGGCCUCCAUCUUUGUUUUUGAAAGUGUUGAAUUGGAGUUGUCACUAGCAACAGGACGAGUUGACCCUUAUGAACCUGUGGAAGAAGAUUUUACAUGCCCUAUCAAAAUAGUUAAAGAUGCGCUGGCUCCUGACAGAUAUCAUUGUUUACAUGCUGCUGGUGUUCACACUGUCGCUCUGCCGUGGAUAGAAGAAUACUAUCAACAAUAUUUCCUUUCUGAAGAGGAUGCUGAUGUUCCUGAGAAUUUAGAAUGUACUGUAGAACAUCUAGUGUGUACAAAGCCUCUCCCAUCUAGUCCCCCAGCACCAGUUAUUGGAUUAGCUGUUGUAAAGGAGUGGCAGACAGGAUCAGCUCUGUUAACACUGACCAGUGAUAUAGAGUUUAUCUCACUUCCACUUAGGUCCAGAAUAGUAACAUAUACCACAUCUAGUUUGCAAACACCAACAGGGACAAUCAGAUCACCAUUACGUAAAUUACCCAGAGAGCCAUUUGAUCAAUAUAUAGCCAAAGUGUUACAAAAGAAUUUCACUAAUCCUUUGUUAAAAUCAGGCAAAAAAACUGAGAUGACACAACAGGAAUGUUAUCAGCUGUUGAGUCGUACAACACAGGUGUUUAGAGAGGAAUAUCUACAGAAACAAGAUCUAGCUCAACAAGCUAUACAGAAAAGAGUAAGGAUAUUAACAAACCUUAAAGAGAAACAGUCAGAUGAUUUAGAUUAUUUGUCGCAGUUAAAGGCAGAUAUGCAUGAACAAGCAGGAGAACUAGGUGUCAAGUGUGAUGAGUGUCAAGAAAAAAAUGACGAAAUUCUUAAAAGAAUAGAAAGCAUAAUGAGAAAGUUACAAGCUAGACUUCCAGUUCUGUCUGAGGCUGAGAGGAGUAUGAAGAGAGAAUUGGAAACCAUGCAUGAUAAAUUAGAGAGUUAUAAAAAUAAUUUACAACAGCUUGAAAUAAAACAGAAAUAUCAAAAGAGACAGAUUGAUAACCAGAGGAAUAAUGCUGUGUCCAGUCCUGUGUUAAAAGAUACUCAGCUCAAACAGAUUAAAGACACCAUGAGAAAAGAGGGAGAUGAGUUGAAUGAAUUAAUGAGGAGGGUCAAUCAGAUGAAAAUGGAGUCAGGAGUUUGACCUGUUGACUAGUGUUAUAAAAUGCUUUACUGUGAUAAUUCUUCUGAUGUAUGGAGAACUGCGACACUAGUGUGGAAUAACUUAUUUCAUUGUGCUGUAAUCGUCUCAUUAUGGAAGUUCUGUGACUGUCUUUGAUAUUGUUGUGAUUUAUGAUUCUGUAAUAGUGACCAAAGGUUCAUACAUUGAUAAUUAAUUUUAUAUGAAAAAUGACAAUUAAAAUAUUUGUUGUAGUUUUGUAAAGGAAAGAGAUAUUUGUGCUCA